AUGUCGAGUAGACAAUUACGAAAGUUACAACAACAGCGCGAGCUGGAACAGCAAGCCAAACUUCAAGCUCAAGAGGAAGCGGCAGAAGAAGAAGGAGAAGAAGAAUCCGAUGAAGAGCCACAACCUUCACAAUCAAAACCCAGCUUGUUUGCGAAUUUCGCAGCUUUAGAAGACUUAGAAGACGAUGACGAUGACGAGUCGAAGGGCGUCGAGGAAGAAGAAGAGUCAGCGGAAGAAGAACUGAUCGAACCCACACCAAUUGUGACACCGAAAAAACCCAAGAAGUCAAAGAAAAAGAAGAAGGUAAAAAAUGCUGGAAAAGGAAAAGAUUCUGCAAAAGCUGCUGAAGCUAAACCGAAGAAUGAUUUGGAUGAUAUUGAUCAAGCUUUGAAAGAGUUAAAUUUGAAGAAACCAAAUGCUACAAAUAUGACGAGUUCAGUCGAAGUGGAUGAAGAAUACGAGAGAGUCUGUUUUCUCUUGGGUAUCAACACACAGCAUCUCAAAGUUGCAAACGAAAUGCGAAGCUUAUUUGGACGAGCUGCUACAGAGCCAAAUGAAGAUCCUGGAGGACCUACUGGCCGUGGAGCAAGGAGAAGGCAACAUAAUCAAGAAAUGGAUUUAGAGACAGUCUUGAAGGGACGCCAUCAACCUGGCAAAGGACUUCCAGACCUUACCUUGCGACGUAACCUCUUCAUCCAGGGGAAGGAUGAAUGGCCAAAAUCUAGCUCGGGUGGAUUAACGAUGGAAGUCGUCAAAAAUCAAGAUGUGGUUGAUGGCACCAUAGAAUACAGAUUUGUACAUGAUCAAUCAUACCAAUCUGUGCAGGUAACAUUUCAAAGUCUGGUUGAAAUGGGUGAUCCGCAAAAUCUUAUUGGGUUAAUUGUGAGAUAUCCGUACAACAUUUCACUUCUUCUCCAAGUCAGCAAGAUUGCAAAAAAUCAAGGCGACCAUUCUCUAGCAUCGGAUCUGGUCGAAAGAGCUCUAUUUACGUUUGGCCGAAUCUCUUUGUCAUCCUUUGGUGCUAAAUUGGCCAAAGGUAAAGCUCGAUUAGAUUUCAGUAGACCAGAAAAUCGAGAACUUUGGUUAGCUGGAUAUCACUACAUAAAAUCUCUCGUCAUGAAGGGAACUUAUCGAACUGCUUUUGAAUGGGCAAAACUGCUCUUGAGUUUGGAUCCCGAAACUGAUCCAUAUUGCAUGAGAUGGAUGAUACACCAUCUUGCUUUACGUGCACAUGAAUUUCAAUGGCUUUUGGACUUUGCCGCCAGUCGAAAUAUACCCGAGUGGGCAAACACAAUAAAUUACGCCAAACCAUCAUUUGCCCUGGCCGCGCAACAACUUAAGGACGCGGUUAAAUGUAGAAGUCUUCUGUCGGAAUCUAUGCAACAGGUACCUUGGCUGUUUUGUCAACUGUUCCAAGAACUAAACCUUGACGCACCUCCGUCAAUUUGGGGAACACAACCACCAACUGCAUCUGAUACUUUCUUCACGCAAUUAUAUGUUCUCCAAACAAAAGAUCUUUGGAAUACUACCGAGUCUACUGCAUUACUCAUGGAAAUUGCGCAUACAAUUGAUAAGCCCGAUUUAUCAAAAACCCCCCUGCUAUCGGACCUCAAGGAAUUAAAUCUUGAUGUUGUUAGGUUUGUUUAUUUGGAGAAUCAACCAGAUUUGAUGAGUCUCGUCCCAUCAAAUCUCCUCCACAGAAGCAACAACUCGGAUUCAGAUCCAUUACCACCUUAUUCGAAUACCAUCUCCUACUCAUCUCAAAGAAGAAAUCUAGGAAAUGAGCACGAACCCGUUGAAGAUAGAUUUAAUGAUCCGCUCGCGGCUCUCGCACGACUCAUGCCAGGAUUUCCAGGAUUAGAAGCAUUCCGAGGCCGUGGAGUAGGGGGUGAUGAUAUCGAUGGUGGCGAUGAAUUAGAGAAUGAAGCAGAAGCACUUGAACGAUUAAGAAAUUUUGCAGAAGGAUUACCGGCAGGGGAACUGGAGGGAGAUGCCGAAGGAGAAUCAGAAGAACAACCACGUGGACCAUCACUUUCUGCAGCUUCAAGAAUCUUGCAAUAUCUUGGCUUUUGGAGAACACCGGAAAAUUUUGAUGAUAACUCUGAAGCGGAGGAGGAUAACAAUGAUUCAAUGUCUGGAUUGGUAGAUCCAGAGAGACAAGAUGGGGACCAUAGGCAGGCACGUGUCGAAGAUGUGGAUGACGAUGAAGAAAUGCCUGGUUCAACUUAA